AUUCAUUCUAGGUCUGAUCCACCGAGUAGGUAUCUACCACAACUCGGACAACUGUUGUGUUUUAUUUGUAAGAGUGGUUUAUGUGACAAUUGUUGUGAUACAUUAUUUUUUAUUGCUCGUUGAGGUGUGUUUCGGCGAAUCUUUUAUUCGUUUUAAGUAAACGCGGUUAACAAAACGCCGGUAAAGUGUGCGUAACGUGAAUUCGUCUCGGCUUUUCUAAUUGCUUUUGCCUUAAUUUGUAUUUUUUAUUGUGCGAAAAAAUUUAGUAAAACCGUUGUUGUGUAGUGUGCUUCAAAAAUUAACAUCAGCGGACGUGCUUCUUGAGUUGUGGUGUGUCGCAAACAUCACCAUUUGAGAGGGGUGCGUGACGUUUAGCUGAGCAAAACGUAUUUAGUAGAAUUUUUUCCGUUUAUUAAACAACAAUAAUGCCGCGUGUAGUCAAACAAGAAGGAGAGGAUCCAGAUCCAACCCCAUACUUGUUCGUUUCUCUCGAACAGAAGAGAAUCGAUCAAACCAAACCCUACGAUGCGAAGAAAGCUUGUUGGGUACCAGACGAAGAAGAUGGUUUCGUUCAAGGUGAAAUCCGUGGUACAAAGGGUGAAUUAGUUACUGUCGCCCUGCCCAAUGGAGAGGUGAAAGAUUUCAAAAAGGAACAAGUAGGACAAGUAAACCCGCCAAAAUUCGAAAAAUGCGAGGACAUGUCCAACUUAACUUAUUUGAACGACGCGUCCGUAUUAUAUAACUUGAAACAAAGAUAUUACCAUAAACUCAUUUACACUUAUUCUGGUUUGUUCUGUGUUGCUAUCAAUCCUUACAAAAGAUUCCCCGUGUAUACAAAUCGAUGUGCCAAAUUGUACAGAGGCAAAAGAAGAAACGAAGUUCCACCUCAUAUUUUUGCUAUUUCUGACGGUGCAUACGUUAACAUGCUUACAAACAAAGAAAAUCAAUCUAUGUUGAUUACCGGAGAAUCUGGUGCGGGUAAAACUGAAAAUACAAAGAAGGUAAUUGCAUACUUCGCAACUGUAGGAGCCAGCACCAAAAAAGAGGAUGAAGCUUCUGGAGCUUCUAAAAAGAAGGGUUCUUUGGAAGAUCAAGUCGUCCAAACUAACCCGGUAUUGGAAGCUUUUGGUAACGCUAAGACAGUCCGUAACGAUAAUUCUUCACGUUUCGGUAAAUUCAUCCGUAUUCAUUUUGGACCUUCAGGAAAAUUAGCAGGAGCUGAUAUCGAAACUUAUUUAUUAGAAAAAGCUCGUGUCAUCUCCCAACAAGCACUUGAAAGAUCAUACCACAUUUUCUACCAAAUCAUGUCUGGUUCAGUGAAAGGCGUAAAAGAAUUGUGCCUCCUGUCCAACAAUAUAAACGAUUAUCACUUUGUCAGCCAAGGAAAGACUAGUAUACCUGGUGUAGAUGAUGGAGAGGAAUUCAGAAUUACUGAUCAAGCCUUUGAUGUUCUCGGAUUUACCCAAGAAGAAAAGAAUGAUAUUUAUAAAAUCACUGCUGCUGUUAUGCACAUGGGUGGAAUGAAAUUCAAACAACGUGGUCGUGAAGAACAAGCUGAAGCUGACGGUACUGAGGAAGGUGCUCGAGUUGCAAAAUUAUUGGGUGUUGAUUGUGACGAUUUAUACAAAAAUUUAUUGAAGCCAAGAAUUAAAGUAGGAAAUGAGUUCGUAACACAAGGUCGUAAUAAGGAUCAGGUUGCUUACUCUGUUGGUGCUAUGUCGAAAGGUAUGUUUGACAGACUUUUCAAAUUUUUAGUAAAAAAAUGUAACGAAACUCUGGAUACACAACAAAAACGUCAACACUUUAUUGGUGUAUUGGAUAUUGCUGGUUUUGAAAUUUUCGACUAUAAUGGUUUCGAGCAACUGUGUAUUAACUUCACUAACGAGAGACUUCAACAGUUCUUCAACCAUCACAUGUUUGUAUUAGAACAAGAGGAAUAUAAAAAAGAGGGUAUAAAUUGGGCUUUCAUUGAUUUCGGAAUGGAUCUCUUAGCUUGUAUCGACUUAAUUGAAAAGCCAAUGGGUAUCCUAUCCAUUCUUGAAGAAGAAUCUAUGUUCCCAAAAGCUACUGAUAAGACAUUCGAAGAAAAAUUAAACACUAAUCAUUUAGGUAAAUCACCCAACUUUAGAAAACCUGCUCCACCAAAACCUGGUUGCCAAGCAGCCCACUUCGCUCUUGCUCAUUAUGCUGGUGUUGUAUCAUACAACAUUACUGGUUGGUUAGAAAAGAACAAAGAUCCAUUGAAUGAUACUGUAGUAGAUCAAUUCAAAAAGGGAUCUAACAAACUUCUGGUUGAGAUAUUCGCUGAUCAUCCAGGUCAGUCUGGUGGUGACGCUGGUGCCGGCGGUGGCAAAGGAGGUCGUGGCAAGAAAGGUGGUGGUUUCGCCACUGUAUCAUCUUCCUAUAAGGAACAAUUGAACAAUUUGAUGACAACUUUGAAGAGUACUCAACCUCAUUUUGUACGUUGUAUCAUUCCCAAUGAAUUGAAACAACCUGGUGUAAUUGAUUCUCAUUUGGUCAUGCAUCAGUUGACAUGUAACGGUGUGCUUGAAGGUAUCCGUAUUUGUCGUAAAGGUUUCCCCAACAGAAUGGUAUAUCCUGACUUCAAAAUGCGAUACAAGAUAUUAGCGCCAGCUGCAGUUGAAAAUGAAUCUGAUCCGAAGAAAUGCGCUGCUAUCAUUUUGGAAACCGUUGGGUUGGAUACUGAUAAAUUCAGACUCGGCCAUACUAAGGUAUUCUUCCGUGCUGGAGUAUUGGGUCAGAUGGAAGAAUUACGUGAUGACCGUCUUAGUAAAAUCAUUGGAUGGUUGCAGUCAUACAUUCGUGGAUACAUUUCCAGAAAAGAAUUCAAGAAAUUACAAGAUCAAAGAUUGGCUCUAUUGGUUAUUCAGAGAAGCUUGAGAAAGUAUAUGAAAUUAAGAUCUUGGCCAUGGUGGAAGAUGUGGUCUCGUGUCAAGCCAUUAUUGAAUGUACAAAACAUUGAAGAAGAUUUAAGAAGAUUAGAAGAAGAAGUAGAAAAGGUAACAGCUGCUUUCGAAAAGGAAGAGAAAUUACGUAAAGAACUGGAGGCUCUUAAUGCCAAAUUACUCUCAGAGAAACAGAAUUUACUUCAAUCAGUGGAGAACGAAAAAGGCAGUUUAUCCAGUCUUCAAGAAAGAGCAGCAAAAUUGGCGGCACAAAAAAGCGACUUGGAUUCUCAACUCGCGGAAUGCCAAGAAAGGCUAACACAAGAAGAAGAUGCCCGCAAUCAACUUUUCCAACAAAAAAAGAAAUUGGAACAAGAAAAUUCAGGCCUCAAGAAAGAUGUCGAAGAUUUGGAAUUAGCUAUCCAAAAAUCAGAUCAAGAUAAGGCAUCAAAGGAUCACCAAAUUCGUAACUUAAAUGACGAAAUUGCUCAUCAAGAUGAGUUGAUCAAUAAAUUAAAUAAAGAAAAGAAAUUAUCUUCAGAAACUACCCAAAAAACUGCCGAAGAAUUACAGGCGGCUGAAGAUAAAAUUAAUCACCUCAACAAAGUUAAGAAUAAGUUGGAACAAACUUUGGAUGAGCUUGAAGACUCAUUAGAACGCGAAAAGAAAUUAAGAGGUGAUAUUGAAAAAGGUAAAAGAAAAACUGAAGGUGACCUAAAACUCACUCAAGAAGCUGUAUCCGACCUUGAGCGUAACAAAAAAGAGCUCGAACAAACAAUUCAAAGGAAGGAUAAGGAGUUAGCUUCUUUAACUGCUAAAUUAGAAGACGAACAAGCUUUAGUUGGAAAACAACAAAAACAAAUUAAAGAACUUCAGUCGAGAAUUGAAGAACUCGAAGAAGAAGUUGAAGCUGAAAGGCAAGCACGUGCCAAGGCUGAAAAACAACGUGCUGAUUUGGCUCGCGAACUGGAAGAAUUGGGAGAACGUCUUGAAGAAGCUGGUGGUGCUACUUCAGCUCAAAUUGAGUUGAACAAAAAGCGAGAAGCUGAAAUGAGCAAACUCCGACGUGACUUAGAGGAAGCCAAUAUUCAGCAUGAAGCUACAUUGGCUAAUUUGCGUAAGAAGCAUAACGACGCUGUUGCUGAGAUGGGAGACCAAAUUGACCAAUUGAACAAACUCAAAACUAAAGCUGAAAAGGACAAAUGCCAGUUCUUAUGUGAACUUAACGAUACACGAGCAAGCUUAGAUCAUAUUUCUAAUGAAAAGGCUCAAACAGAAAAAAUUGCUAAGCAAUUACAACACCAAUUUAAUGAAGUCCAAGGUAAACUUGAUGAGACUAACCGUACAUUAAACGACUUUGACGCAGCUAAAAAGAAGUUGAGUAUUGAAAACUCUGAUUUACUCCGACAAUUGGAAGAGGCUGAAUCUCAGGUUUCUCAAUUAGCUAAAAUCAAAAUUUCUCUUACUACUCAAUUGGAAGAUACAAAGAGAUUGGCCGACGAAGAAGGAAGAGAACGUGCUACCCUAUUGGGCAAAUUUAGAAACUUAGAGCACGACAUUGACAAUAUCCGUGAACAACUUGAAGAAGAAGCUGAAGCUAAAGCUGAUAUUCAAAGACAAUUGAGCAAAGCUAAUGCUGAUGUUCAAUUGUGGCGUACCAAAUAUGAAUCGGAGGGUAUUGCAAGAGUUGAAGAAUUAGAAGAAGCCAAGCGUAAACUUCAAGCUCGUCUUGCUGAAGCUGAAGAAACUAUUGAAUCUCUCAAUCAAAAGGUGGUAGCUUUAGAAAAAACGAAACAACGUUUGGCUACUGAAGUUGAAGAUUUACAACUUGAAGUAGAUAGAGCAACAGCUAUUGCUAACGCUGCUGAAAAGAAAGCUAAAGCUAUUGACAAGAUUAUUGGAGAAUGGAAACUCAAGGUUGAUGAUUUGGCUGCAGAGUUAGAUGCUAGCCAAAAAGAAUGUAGAAAUUAUUCCACUGAAUUGUUCCGUCUUAAGGGAGCAUACGAAGAAGCUCAAGAACAAUUGGAAGGCGUUAGACGUGAAAAUAAAAACUUAGCUGACGAAGUUAAAGAUCUUCUAGACCAAAUUGGUGAAGGUGGAAGGAAUAUUCAUGAAAUUGAAAAGCAACGCAAACGAUUAGAAGUUGAAAAAGACGAACUCCAAGCUGCAUUAGAAGAAGCUGAAGCUGCAUUGGAACAAGAAGAAAACAAAGUAUUAAGAGCCCAAUUAGAACUCUCUCAGGUAAGACAAGAAAUUGACAGACGUAUCCAAGAAAAAGAAGAAGAAUUUGAAAAUACCAGGAAAAAUCACCAACGCGCUUUGGAUUCAAUGCAAGCUAGCUUAGAAGCUGAAGCUAAAGGAAAAGCUGAAGCUCUCCGUAUGAAAAAGAAGUUGGAAGCUGACAUCAAUGAACUUGAAAUUGCUUUAGAUCAUGCUAAUAAGGCUAAUGCUGAAGCUCAAAAGAAUAUUAAACGUUAUCAACAACAAUUGAAGGAUGUUCAAACUGCUCUUGAAGAAGAAUCAAGAGCAAGAGAAGACGCAAGAGAGCAAUUAGGAAUUUCCGAAAGGAGAGCCAACGCUUUACAAAAUGAAGUAGAAGAAUCAAGAACAUUAUUGGAACAAGCUGACCGCGGCAGAAGACAAGUUGAACAAGAAUUAGCCGAUGCUCAUGAACAACUCAAUGAAUUAUCUGCUCAAGCAACAUCCAUUUCUGCUGCCAAGAGAAAGUUGGAAGGAGAAUUGCAAACCUUACACUCUGAUUUGGAUGAACUCUUGAACGAAGCCAAAAACUCUGAGGAGAAGGCUAAGAAAGCAAUGGUUGAUGCCGCCAGAUUAGCUGAUGAAUUAAGAGCCGAACAAGAUCACGCACAAACCCAAGAAAAACUUAGGAAAGCUUUAGAAACACAAAUUAAAGAAUUACAAGUAAGGUUGGACGAAGCCGAAAAUAAUGCUCUUAAAGGAGGAAAGAAAGCUAUUCAGAAACUCGAACAAAGAGUACGAGAAUUGGAGAAUGAACUAGACGGCGAACAACGCCGACAUGCUGACGCACAGAAGAACUUACGUAAAUCAGAACGUAGAAUUAAGGAGCUUAGCUUCCAAGGAGAUGAAGAUAGAAAGAACCAUGAACGUAUGCAAGACUUGGUUGACAAACUUCAACAAAAAAUCAAAACAUACAAAAGGCAAAUUGAAGAAGCAGAAGAAAUUGCUGCACUUAACUUGGCUAAAUUCCGUAAGGCCCAACAGGAGUUGGAAGAAGCUGAAGAGAGGGCUGAUCUGGCUGAACAGGCAAUUGCUAAAUUUAGAACAAAGGGUAGAUCAGGUUCCACCGCAAGAGGUGGAAGUCCAAUUCCUCAAAAACCAAGAAAAGUGUUGCCAUUGGAGUAACUUCUAUGAUUGUAUCUAUUUAUUAAUUUGGACACAGGCCGCCCGUCAAACCACAAUUCGAUGGAUUUGCCUUCCCACCUAGAUUUGACCUACAUCCUGAUGGUGAAUUCUAAAAAUACUUUUAUUAAAUAUACCUUCAAAAACACGAUAUUAUACAAUAUUAUUCUAAAUGUAUCAUAAAACAUCACGACACACCCAAUCAACGACAGUUCUAAUUACAACAAAUCAAUACAAAUUAUUUGCGACACACAAGCGGCCUGUCUGUAUUUAUUAGUGUGUAAAACAAUGUUUUAUUUAUAUGAACGACUAUUUAUCAUAAUGAUAACUGUGUUAUUCAAAACAAAUUCUUUUAAUUUAAAAUUAAUUUUAACCCCGUUGUACAAUUCAGCUUCUUUAAUGUUUCCAAUAAAGAUAUGCUAAUUGUGUAAUUAUUAA